AUGGGGAGCUUUUUAGCAGGAAGUACUGAAGCUCCUGGAGCUUAUACAAAUCAGGGUGGUCAACGGGUUAAAAAAUAUCGAGGAAUGGGAUCUCUAGAAGCAAUGACAAAAGGAAAAAGCAAUUUUUCUGACUCCUUGGACAUGCUUGAGGAUAAAAGUUUAAAAAUAGAAGAUGAUUCUGACUUGCCAUCAUGGUCAGGUGAUGAACGUGGUGUCAGGGUUCGUGUGAAUGUUGAUAGCUUUGGUGUUGUUGGAGAUGGAGUUUCUGAUGACACAAAGGCCUUUGGAGAUGCAUGGAAGGAAGCAUGUUUUACAGAUUGCAUUCACGAGAAGCAGUGCAAUAUAUAA